CAUUCAUGUCUGUGUCACUGAUGCUGUGGGAGUUAGGCGAGCUCCAAAAUUUCCCUUUAUUUUCGAUGGUCCCGGAAUAACAGCAUGUUCCAAACAUUUCCGGCACACAUUCAGAAACGCAGUGUGUAUAUGCCAGGUGUACUCCCUAACACGUACAAAAGGAUAUGUGAUACGAGCAUGUCAAUGUGACUCCUUGAGUUUUAUUCCCCAUUCAUUCUCUAGGGGGCGAAAUCGUGCGUUUUUGGUUACGUGCGCGAGAAGUGAAAAGUAGUAGCACGCCUCUCCCAGUGUUUAGUGACGGUGACGCAAACCGUGUGGGACUAGCCGCUGAAAACUGUCCGGAAGAAGAAAAAUAAGUAUGGGCAAUUAUAAUAGUGAUGCUUUGCAUAGCAAAGCAUCACUAAUUACCCAUGGCCUUAUUUGUUGAAGUUCAUGUGCAUUAAAGAGUCUAUCAAUAAAUCUUGCACCUUUAUAUGUAAUCUUUUGUAAACCAUGAGUGUGAUUGUCAGAUUAAAUUCAUAAGUAGCCUAAUGUGCACAUUUAAAAUAAGUGGGCUAUAUUUCUGUAUUUAAUUACAGUGUAUAUAAUUCUAUUAUAUACAUUAAAUAAUUUGUUAUAAUUAUUAUUAUUAUUAUUAGUAGUAGUAGUAGUAGUAGUAGUAGUAUUAAUAUACAGAUUUAGUAUUAAUCUUUGGAUGGUCUACAAAUAAAACAAGAUUCUAUGCAUUCGUAAUUGUUCUGAAUUAUAUUGAAUAAAUUGUUUUCAUUUCUUUAUGCACAAUCAUACAGAGUUAUUCAUAAGACGAUUCAUAAUCAUGACAUACUAAAAAUGUUGCCCGUUUAAGUUAGCUACUUUUUCUUAACAAGUUGUAGCGUAGCUAACUACUUUUUUUUUUUUUUUAAACUACUUUCAUAGGUAAUAUGAGUAGCUUAGCUUGAAAAGCUACAGUUUCAAAGUUGCUUCCCCAACACUAGACAGGUGAUGAUGUUAUGAAUAUUUAUAAUGGUGUUACAGACUGUACCAAUCAUUUAGUGAUGAAUUGUAUAUGUUAAUGGGCGCACGGUGGCUUAGUGGUUCUGUUAAAGGAGCUUCUGUUCUGUUCUUUACUGCUCUGCUCUCUCCUGUCUUCUUCUUCAGAGUCAAGUCUCUCUCUAAUAUUGCUGCGGACUUAUCUUCUGUCUUGUCUCAAUUCUGCUCAAGUUUCCAGAAGCUAGCAUAUAAUUGUGAAUGCACUAGCUUGUUAGACAGGGAGUCAGUUAUAAACUUCAUGACUCGUACGAAUAGUUCAUUAUAAUAACGAACUUUUGGAGGCUUAAUACCAGAUAGCAUUCUACAUCGGGUGUGAAAGCUAUUUUUCCGUGGCGGUAGGGAGGGGAGUUAUUUAUGGAGCGGGGUGUGGUCUGGUUGGAAGAAGCGGAACGUGUCAGUCACGUGACCUAGAGCAGCAUCCGGAAGUGGUCCACCGCUGGUGAAGGAACAUGGCGGUGUAUCAACAGCUGCACGACCGCUACAAAUUCUUAAACAUGACAUUGAGGUCGAUUUCUCUGUAAUGCAGCAGUUCAGGGUAAUGGACAAGGAUAGAUUCGCUUCUGCUUCCAGCUCUUGGCUGGAGAUGAAUAACUUCAUUGGUGACCUUAUGGCUUUUAGUGCGUCUGGCUCUGGUCAGCUACUGAAAUGCACUAACAAUCAACCGCUCCGUACUGCCUGGGAAAGCAUGGGACCUGAAACACCAGCACCCAAAUCUUGUUAUCCUACUCCAAGUGACCUGCACAAUCAGAGCCAGAGGAAAAACAUGACAGGAAACAGUUCACACUCUGGACAGAGGAUUGAGGAGUCCUCAAAUUCUGAUGAGCUACAUGUACGGCCAUAUGCCUGCAGAUGCCCAGGCUGUCCUCUGUCCUCAGCUUCUACCACUCCGUCCACUAUGCAUCCACUCUGCCUGAAGGCCAGAGACAGUUCUUCCUCUCAGGCUCAAACAUCAAGAGAGUCCACAUCACAGUCCAAAGAGCCAAGCACAGUCUCGCUUGGCCUGGGCUCCUGUCUCAGCCUGGCUUUUUCUCUGGAAGAAAGAAACAGCGAGUCGACCAGCUUGUCCAACCUCGAACACCAGGACAAAGGCACAAACACACACAAUCCGACCCCUGCUUCAAACGCCAACCCCCAGAUCUGCCCACCAGCUCUCCAGGCCUUCCCCUGCUUCUGCUGCCAUCCAUGCCCUCAUCUCCUGCAUCCCCAGCAGGCAUCCGAGAGCCGCUUUGCCCACACUCACUCUCACCACCAUUACCACCACCACCAUCACCACUGCCCGCUCACCGCUUGCCUGUUGUGCCAGCGUUCCUUUAAUUGUGCACAGCAGGACGGCCACACCCAGCGCCAGCACCCGUGCAUGCACUGCUCUGCAUUGUUCAUGCGGCCCUCGCAGCUGCUUCAGCACCAGCGUACCCAACACUCGUCCAAAGCUGGCGGCUUCCUGUGCCCAGAGUGCGGCCGUGUCUUCAACUCGCACAGUAACCUCCGUGUACACCUUAACGUGCAUACAGGAGCACGACCCUACAUUUGCGCUGACUGUGGCAAGAGCUUCAGUCAAUCAGGUGCACUCAAGAUCCAUCGGCGUGUCCACACAGGCGAGCGGCCGUACACGUGCACCUACUGUGGCCGGGGCUUCCCCCACCUGGCUGGUGUCAGGGCGCAUCAGCGCAUACACACCGGUGAGAAGCCGUACCAGUGUGCGCAGUGUGGCAAGGGCUUUACACAGUCAGGUGCCCUCAAGGUCCACAUGCGUGUCCACACAGGUGAGAGGCCCUUUAUUUGUAGCCUGUGCGGCAAGGGCUUCUCAAACCGCUCUGGUGUCCGCUUUCAUCAACGUACUGCGCAUGGCAUUAUCACUGAGCCCAAUUCUGUAGGACGGCCAAGCCUGGCCAGCAGUAGCUCAGAUGUCCAGCAGAAGCAGGCUGAUCAGGCAUCAUCUGCCCAGCCCAUGGAACACGGGCCUCUUCCAAGCAGAAAAAACUCUGCGCGAGACCAAGAGGAAGUGAGAAGAUCCCUUCCUUACGGCUGUGAGGACUGUGGUAUGCGUUUUCAGGAUGCUCUCUCCAGAAACAGGCAUCAGGCACUAGAGCACUAUUCCACCGAGGAUGAAGAUCAGAGUGAGAGACCGGGAACAGCACAAGGAGAAAAAAAGACAUUGGUCUAAUAACAUACAGUAUGUGAAUACCAUACUGUAAAAUAAGUUGGAAAAACAGAUUAGCGUCUAGGUCAAGAAAACCAGACUAGGUCAGUGUUAAAACCCUUUGUCUAAUCAUUGGAGAAAAAAAAACUUUUGUGUGCUUCUGUAUGUGGCCUUAAAUAAAUAAAACUGGUUUUAGCACUUUCAACUAAAAUUUAUGACAAAUAUCAUACUAAAGAAAGAGUAUGAUACUGUUUUGGGUAUGGUUUGUGAGGAGUUCAGAAUGUUCUCCAAUGUGUCCAUGUUUCCAUUCUCCAAUACUAAUCACAGUGUUCACAGGUCAUGUGCAGAAUGGCUUUAUUUGCCAUUACAGUGUUAUUUUUUAUAGUAGAUCCCAGAGCACAGGGUAGCAGGAAUAGUGCUAGAACGCUGGGUAUUGUGAAAGGUCAAAGGGAUGCGAUACAUGGGGGUAGGAAGAGACCACCGAAGAAUGAAGUACAUGUCCAGGAAAAAGAGACUGGCAUUGGAAAAAUGUUCCCCAAGAAUGUUAACAUGGACUAGAAGGCAGAGAAGGAAAUGUAGCCGGGACAUAAUGAAUGAGCGUGAGAAUUGGCCACCUAAUCUUUAUUGGCCAGUCUGCUAUGACUGGGACCGCGUGAGCAGGAACUGAAUCCAUGGCAGGACCUGGAAGAGUGGGGUAGAGGAGAUGGAACAAAUAAAAGCCAGUUACAGUGCCAGAUCUUUAUCCAGUGUUGGCUGUCACCCUGGAUGGAUUCAGGAUUCAGGACUGAUUAUUGAAGCGGUGAUGGCCCACCACAGGGAGGUAGAGGAGGUUAAACAAGUAAGGCAGGGCUGAUGGGAGAUGUGGUUGGGUCUGGGGAUGAAUACAAAACAGUAAUUCAAACUAAUCAUGCGACUGGGGAGCACUGGUAACAUAGAAUCAGCUAGCACUGCGGCAGUGACCAGCCUUACUAGGGACUAAGACUGCAUCCGAGGCUGGACAUGCUGGGACAGCAUGGCCACAGUGGGCAGUGGAAUACAUCAGGAAUACAAUCUAGAAAAACAGCAAUUUUUAACUAUAUUGUACAUUUUAAGUACAUUUUUAAGAUCAAACUAUUUUGUAUAGUUUACCGCUUUAACGUGGAGCACUUAGGAUAUUAAGACUUUACAUGUGACUAUGCAUGUGCGUACCUUUUGUACAUUAAAAACCAACAUCCACUGAAUGACAUGACAGCAGUUUCAUACUAUUAUGGGACACACUUUUUUCUCUGAAGCAGUGUGAGACACAAGGACAAGCUAACUGUUGUUAUGAUUGGUGUUAUGAGCUGUGUCUCAAAUUCAAAACCAUGACCAUAUGUUUAAAAGUUUUGUACAAAAUUUUGAAUACCCAGUAGAUUGGUAUGCAGAACAGGCUAUUUCAGUAGGUUUUUAAGCUAUGAGAGUAUUUUUUUAAAAUCCAAAUUCUAACUGUAAUAAAGAAGUCAAUGUUAAAACUGAAAAACGUACUGUCUAGAGUAGUACAUACAGUAAUUACUUGAGACACAGCUCUAGUCUGUUCAGUCCACUGCGAAUAUCACAAAAUAUCUCACAAUACUGCCUAUUCUAUUGGUAUGUGUGGUAUACAUUAGUAUGUGUUCAUUUUUUUUCUUCUUUUUGGUUGUGUACAAUUAAAGCACGAAAUGAAUUCAG